AUGAAAAGUUUAUCAUUUCUUGCUAUUUUAUUGGUACUCAGCCUUUAAGCAAGACAAGAUUCAGUAGAAUAGUUACUUCAUAAAACAAAGAAUACCAUUUAAGUGAGAGAAGAAAUAAAUCAUAUUCUUCACCGUGAUUUGGCAUCAAGCCUAUCAAAACCUGAAACUACAGAAAGCGAGAAAAUAAGUACUUUUUUAUUUAAAAUAGAUGAUUCCAUGAUCAAAUCCAUAUUCUUUACAACAGUGAAUAAAAAUUAAUAUAAUUAUACAAAUACAUCGAAUUCAGCAUAUAAUUAUACAUAUGAAAGCAGCUAGCCAUCAUAUAAUUUAGCAAAAUAUCAAAAUUCAAGCAAUACUUCAAACACAACCAAUAACACCAAUUUUACGAAUGGAAGCUACCCAUACACAUACAAUUACUCAUAUCCAUAAUAAAAUACAAAUACCAAUUAUUAUACUUAUAGUAAUACUAGCAAUACUUCAAAUACAACCAAUAAUACCAAUUUCACAAAUGGAAGUUACCCAUAUUCAUACAAUUACUCAUACCCAUAAUAAAAUACCAAUACCAAUUAUUAUACUUAUAGUAAUUCUAGUAAUACUUCAAACACAACCAAUAACACCAAUUACACAAAUGGAAGCUACCCAUACAUAUACAAUUACUCAUAUCCAUAAUAAAAUAGCAAUACCAAUUAUUAUACUUAUAGUAAUUCUAGUAAUACUUCAAAUACAACCAAUAAUACCAAUUUCACAAAUGGAAGCUACCCAUACACAUACAAUUACUCAUAUCCAUAAUAAAAUACCAAUACAAAUUAUUAUACUUAUAGUAAUUCUAGCAAUACUUCAAAUACAACCAAUAAUACCAAUUUCACAAAUGGAAGUUACCCAUAUUCAUACAAUUACUCAUACCCAUAAUAAAAUACCAAUACCAAUUAUUAUACUUAUAGUAAUUCUAGUAAUACUUCAAACACAACCAAUAACACCAAUUACACAAAUGGAAGCUACCCAUACAUAUACAAUUACUCAUAUCCAUAAUAAAAUAGCAAUACCAAUUAUUAUACUUAUAGUAAUUCUAGUAAUACUUCAAAUACAACCAAUAAUACCAAUUUCACAAAUGGAAGCUACCCAUACACAUACAAUUACUCAUAUCCAUAAUAAAAUACCAAUACAAAUUAUUAUACUUAUAGUAAUUCUAGCAAUACUUCAAAUACAACCAAUAAUACCAAUUUCACAAAUGGAAGUUACCCAUAUUCAUACAAUUACUCAUACCCAUAAUAAAAUACCAAUACCAAUUAUUAUACUUAUAGUAAUUCUAGUAAUACUUCAAACACAACCAAUAACACCAAUUUCACAAAUGGAAGCUACCCAUAUUCAUACAAUUACUCAUAUCCAUAAUAAAAUACCAAUACAAAUUAUUAUACUUAUAGUAAUUCUAGCAAUACUUCAAAUACAACCAAUAAUACCAAUUUCACAAAUGGAAGUUACCCAUAUUCAUACAAUUACUCAUACCCAUAAUAAAAUACCAAUACCAAUACCAAUUAUUAUACUUAUAGUAAUUCUAGUAAUACUUCAAACACAACCAAUAACACCAAUUUCACAAAUGGAAGCUACCCAUAUUCAUACAAUUACUCAUAUCCAUAAUAAAAUACCAAUACCAAUUAUUAUACUUAUAGUAAUUCUAGUAAUACUUCAAACACAACCAAUAACACCAAUUUCACAAAUGGAAGUUACCCAUAUUCAUACAAUUACUCAUAUCCAUAAUAAAAUACCAAUACCAAUUAUUAUACUUAUAGUAAUUCUAGUAAUACUUCAAACACAACCAAUAACACCAAUUUCACAAAUGGAAGUUACCCAUAUUCAUACAAUUACUCAUAUCCAUAAUAAAAUACCAAUACCAAUUAUUAUACUUAUAGUAAUUCUAGUAAUACUUCAAACACAACCAAUAACACCAAUUUCACAAAUGGAAGUUACCCAUAUUCAUACAAUUACUCAUAUCCAUAAUAAAAUACCAAUACCAAUUAUUAUACUUAUAGUAAUUCUAGUAAUACUUCAAACACAACCAAUAACACCAAUUUCACAAAUGGAAGCUACCCAUAUUCAUACAAUUACUCAUAUCCAUAAUAAAAUACCAAUACAAAUUAUUAUACUUAUAGUAAUUCUAGCAAUACUUCAAAUACAACCAAUAACACCAAUUUCACGAAUGGAAGCUACCCAUACACAUACAAUUACUCAUACCCAUAAUACAAUACAAAUACAAAUUAUUAUACUUAUAGUAAUACUAGCAAUACUUCAAAUGCAACUAAUUCAUCUAAUAUUUCAUCAUCAACUCGAUAAAAGCUUUAACAAUCUAAAAUAAGUUUAAAGUUGAGAAAUCAAGAAAUCAAAUCAUCAUUAAAUAAUUCUACUCAAACUAUUAUGUUUUAUAAUUAAUCUAUGUAGUCCUAUUAAUAAAUUGUUAUAUUUAAUUAAACCGAUUUAUAUAAACCAAAGUCAGUUAAUAAUUCGAUUUAUUACUAUUAUAAUGAUAAUGAAUUAAUCACAUUGGAAAAAAUAUUGGACUCAAAUGGCAAUACUGUAUUUAGAAAUGCAACAUUGCAAUUCAGCAUAGUUGUUUACAAGCCACCAAUGGGUAAUCCAUAUUCAUAAGGAUAUAAUAAUGCUGUAUUUUAUGGUACAUUGGUUUAAAGUUCUUCUGGCAUCUAAGCCAGUUAUUAGUAUUAAAACGAAAAGUUCUCUUAAAAUGGUCUAUAAUACAAUGGUAAUUACACAAUUCAAGAUAACUCUAAUAACGGUAAAGGAGAAUUUAGUUAUCAUAAUGGCUAAGGAUAAGCACAAUUAAAUAAAACAUCAUCAGAAAGUCAUUACUAGUAAUAGUAAAUUUAUUAAAGUACAUAAACUGGUAGUUAAUCCUAGACCAAUCAAAACUUGAAUUCUUCAACUAACGCAUAAUAGAUAAAUGGAGAAAUUGAUAGAAAUAUUAAUUCAUCAAGCAGUAGCAAAUUACAAGAUUAAACAAAUUAUUAAUCUUAGUCUAUAUACAACUAAAAUGAUUCAAAUGGAAUUAUUAAUACAAAUAGUUCAAGUUUAGCUUCAUCCUCAAUCAAUGAAAGUGAAAAAUAUUAAUCACAAAAUAACGGGUAAUAUUCAAAAUUAUAAUCAUCAACUCAAAAUAAUAUUUUCAAAAGUGAAUAAAUGAGUGGAUAUUAAGAUGGUAACUAAUCAAUGUAAAACUAAACUUUCAACUAAUAAUCUUUUUAUAAUACAAAUAACAGCACAACAUACAAUAAUGGAAAUAUUAGCACUUACUAAUCAUAAUAAUCGAAUUCAGCCAAUACUAUUCAUGCCAAUAAUAACUAAAUUUCCAACUCCACUUUUAGUGAAAAUAUUUAUAAUGUUACAAUUAAUGAUAUUAAGAGUGAAAAAUAAUUAGACUAAUAGAUUUAAGAAGGAGUUGUGAACUAAUCAAUUAAUUCAAAUUUCACAAAUAUUUUAAAUUAAACAAACAUUGAAAAUAUUGAAUAUGGAGCUGUUAAUUAAACUAAAAUAGAUAGUUAAGCAACUUAAAUUAAUAGAGAAUAUACCCAAUAAGGUAAUGCUCCUGCUGAAUAAAAUACUUAAAGUUCAUCAUCAGAAUUCUAAAAAACCUUUGAAACUCCAAAAUAAUAAUUCAACUAAUUAAGAGGAUCAAAGAGACAAAUGUCAGGUUCAUGGAAAUAAUUGGAUGAAAAUAAAUUUAGUAAUUCUAACCAAAAUGUAAUUGAAGAAGCAAUUAAUGAGGUGAACAUUAAAUUUAAUCCUAAAAAGGAAGGAUUUGAAUUUGAUUCGAUAAUUAGUGUUCAUGAAUAACUUGUAUCUGGAUUUAAUUACAAUAUUAAGUUAAGAUAUUUGAACGACUAAAAAGAAAAAUAAAUUUAUGAAGUAAUCAUAUAUUCGAUGUAAAAAUUUUAUUUAUAAUAGUCCUUGGGCAAAUAAGCCAGACUAAAUUACAAGUUGCACCAAAUUUGAUCAAUAAAACGAAUGAAUCAAAUGAAUAAUUCAUCAUAUUCAUAAAAUAACAAAUAUUCUAA